AUGCACAGAAGAACACAUACUGGAGAAAAACCCUUUGAAUGUAAUCAGUGUGGGAAAGGCUUUUCACAGCACGGAAAUCUGAAAAGGCAUAAAAGAACACAUACUGGAGAGAAGCCCUACGAAUGUAAUCAGUGUGGGAAAGCCUUUUCACAAUUGUAUAGUAUCCACAUUCAUAAAAGAACACAUACUGGAGAGAAACCCUAUGAAUGUAAUCAAUGUGGUAAAGCCUUUUCACAAUUGAAGACUCUCCACAUUCAUAAAAGAACACAUACUGGAGAGAAACCCUAUGAAUGUAGUCAAUGUGGUAAAGCCUUUUCAAACCUCAAUACACUCCAGUUGCAUAAAAGAACACAUACUGGAGAGAAACCCUACAAAUGUACUCAGUGUGGGAGAGGCUUUUCACAACACGGAAAUCUGGAAGGCAAUCUCCAUAGGCAUGAAAGGAUUCAUACUGGAGUGAAACCUUAUGAAGGUAAUCAACGUGGUAAACCCUUUUCACAAUCCAGUAGUCUUCAAGUACAUAAAAGAACACAUACUAGAGAGAACCCAUUGGGCAAAUCUGGAUGUAGGAGCUCUUUCAGCUCAGUGGUGCUGCAGCUGCAAAACUUGGAAGCUGGUAAAACAGUCCACUGGGGGAGUCCAGCCACAGCUGCAGAAGUGGGAGGCAGGUACAGAUGUCUUAUGGGAAGCGUUGUGGAGACCCUGCAGCAGUCUGCAGUCCUGGGUGACCUGUACAGCCAGCUGCCCUCCAGUUAG